GGCGAGAUGGGAGAGAAAACAAAUCAUUCAAUUGGCGGAGAAAGUGUGGUUUCAAGGCGCCCCUGAAAAUACGCAUGUGUGGGCACCAAGAAACCGAUCAAACUCUGUAGUGUGUGGGGGAAUCAAUGUUGCAAGUUUCUCUAGAAAGCAGAUCACGAUUUUAGCGUUGUGGGAAGAAAUAGUUUGACGAGUAGUAUACUUUUGGAAGAGAUUUGCCUUUUACUACAGACUUUGAGCCGGGUUAAUCGUAGUGCAUAGCCUACCAAUGCUCUUCGAGCUGAACAUUGGCUGAGUUGUAAACGCGAGAUGGAAAACCAUGAGAUUUUGCAGACUUCAAUUUUGCUUCAACCUAUAAUGUGAUGUAAGGAAGAUUUGUGGGUAUCUGGAAGAAAUUAGUCAACGCAUUCCAUUUUCAAGUCAUACGUUUGUUUCCAAUACGAAGAACCAGGGGCUGCUAUCAUGGCGGUAAGGAGAACCUGUGAGUGGAUUUGGAUAACGGGGUGCGCGCUGGUGACUGUUUGUCUAAUGCUGGAGCCGUGUACCGGUCAGUAUCAUGGCGAGAAAGGAAUUUCUAUACCAGAACACGGUUUUUGUCAGCCAAUUUCCAUCCCCCUCUGCACGGACAUUGCCUAUAAUCAAACUAUCAUGCCGAAUCUUUUGGGACACACAAACCAGGAGGAUGCGGGGCUGGAAGUCCAUCAGUUUUACCCGCUCGUGAAGGUCCAGUGUUCCAUGGACCUGAAGUUUUUCUUGUGUUCCAUGUACGCACCGGUGUGCACAGUUCUAGAACAGGCCAUCCCCCCAUGCCGAUCACUGUGCGAGCGCGCACGCCAGGGCUGCGAGGCGCUCAUGAACAAGUUCGGGUUUCAAUGGCCAGAGAGACUCCGUUGUGAGAACUUCCCCGUCCACGGCGCUGGGGAGAUCUGUGUGGGUCAAAACACUUCAGACACGGACAUCCCUACCUCGGACCCCACUCCCAACCUGCCUGAGCUCAUGACCCUACCCCCAAACAUCGGUCGCCCUGCUGCCCAGCCCUUCUCCUGUCCCCUACAACUUCAGGUCCCAACCUACCUCAACUACAAAUUCCUGGGGGUGAAAGACUGUGGUGCCCCAUGCGAGUCCACCAAGCCCAACGGACUAAUGUAUUUCCGCGAGGAGGAACUGAAAUUCGGCAAACUCUGGGUGGGUAUCUGGUCUAUCUUGUGUUGCGUGAGUACACUGUUCACUGUGCUCACAUACUUGGUAGACAUGAGGAGGUUUCGCUACCCGGAGAGGCCCAUCAUCUUCCUCUCAGGCUGCUACUUCAUGGUGGCGGUGGCCUACACAGCAGGCUUCUUCUUGGAGGAUAAAGUGGUCUGCAUAGACAAGUUUAAAGAGGACGGUUACAAGACGGUGGCCCAGGGCACCAAGAAAGAGGGCUGCACCAUCCUCUUCAUGAUCCUCUACUUUUUUGGCAUGGCUAGCUCCAUAUGGUGGGUCAUCCUGUCCCUCACCUGGUUCCUGUCUGCUGGUAUGAAGUGGGGUCACGAGGCCAUCGAGGCCAACUCUCAAUACUUCCACCUAGCGGCUUGGGCGGUGCCUGCUGUCAAAACCAUCACUAUCCUGGCCAUGGGGCAGGUGGAUGGGGACCUUCUCACAGGGGUGUGCUACGUCGGCAUCUACAGCGUGGAUUCAUUACGAGGGUUCGUCCUGGCCCCCCUGUUCGUCUACCUCUUCAUCGGAACCUCGUUCCUCCUGGCCGGUUUCGUGUCUCUGUUCCGCAUCAGAACCAUCAUGAAGCACGACGGCACCAAGACGGAGAAACUAGAGAAGCUGAUGGUGAGAAUCGGCGUGUUCAGCGUCCUGUACACCGUCCCCGCCACCAUCGUCAUCGCCUGUUACUUCUACGAGCAGGCCUUCCGCGACCAAUGGGAGAAGACCUGGCACAUGCAGACGUGUAAGCGCUUCGCGGUGCCGUGCCCGGCCAACAACUUUGCCCCGAUGACCCCGGACUUCACGGUGUUCAUGAUCAAGUACCUGAUGACUAUGAUCGUGGGCAUCACGUCCGGGUUCUGGAUCUGGUCAGGGAAAACAUUACAGAGUUGGUGCAGGUUUUACAAACGGCUCAGUAACCGCAACCAAGGAGAGACGACCGUAUGAACUUUGUGGAAGUUUAAUGUGGAGGAGUUGUGUGUUUAAAAAAAUAUCUAUUUUUGAUGAAACCGACUGAGCAUAUCCCUUCCCAUCUCCUAUUGGACGUAGGACAUUUGAACUCUGAAAAAAGUACUUGUACUUUGAGAAUGUCCCUCCUGACGACCUUAUGAGCCAUUGACUGAACAUUUGUUCAUUAUUUGAAGGGUUUUAACUCUUCAGUAACCCCCCCAUGACAUUUUAAAACAUUCUAUAAUCUCAUUUAAACGUGACUUUUAAACCACAAUGUGCCACCCAGUGAUGUAACGGCAGCAACAAAGAAAGUCUGUUUUGCCAUGACUUUUCAAUAUGUUUUCAACUAUGUUGUAUCAUGUCGUGAGUUUCUCAUCCAAGAAGAAACGAGGGAUACAGGGCUAAUGUCUGACAAGACCAAUGUAUGUUAAGUUUUGCAAGGAAUUCCAAAGGUUUUUGGAAUAUGUGCAUUUCAUUCCUUGCUUCUGUACUUUUUAAAUUGAUGUUCCUGUUUUUGUUACGUGUGGCUGAUGUUACUUUUACGCUAACUUGCAGACAUCUGAGAACAUUCAUCUUGGCACAGAGAGAAAUGUCUAACACACCUUUAAAAAAAAAGUUGUAUUAUGCUUGUGUAUAGUGCGUAUGUCCCAAAUGGCACCCUAUUCCCUAUAUAGUGCACUGCUUUUGACCAGAGCCCUAGGGGACCUGGUCAAAAGUAGUGAACUACAUAGGGAAUAGGGUGCCAUUUGGGAUGUAGUCUAGCUGUAAGAUGUUGCUAUUAAAUUGCCACAUUCUGUAAAUAUUCACCCUUUUUCAAAAGAACAUAUGUAUUUAUAAGACUUAUAAUCUUGCUGUUUCUACUUGAUGUUUCUUAAUGCAAUAUGGCUUGUAAUCUUGUACAGUUUCACAGAAUAAAACGAUGACGUUUUUAA